CUUACGUGUCUUGUAAGUGACAAUCGUGGUAGAUAAGCCUCAAAUGCAUGUUUAACUUAUGACCUCAAUUACACGAGAAACAGACUACCUGCGAAAAGGGAAUAGGGGUCCCGCCUUUAUGCCCCGCAAUUCGACUAUAAGUUACAGUACUUCGUACAUGCAUUCAUCGCUACCGACUAAUUGUGGGCCGUGGCGUGGCACCGCCGUAGAACCUCCGAUUCGGGGCCCCUUUCUAGCGAAGACUAAUUCAAUUUUUAUGUCUGAAUCCGAAGAUCAAGUGAGUGCCUGCCAAAUAUAUCCUAAUCCUUCCAAUCAAUUGCCUACUUACUAUAUUCUCUCUUCUUUCAUUUGAACCAAACAUAUACGAUUUGUAUCACCAAUUCUAGAGAACAUUCAAACUGUAACUCAGUUUAGUUACACCGAAUCUGCCCCGCCAUCAACGCACACACUUCUACAUUAUUCAUACUCAGUUGCCUUUACUACUAUAAAAUCUCGCCAACACCGAGGCGGAAUUUUAUUUCAUUCAUUCAUAUCUCAUAAUGGCCAUGGACGCUAUACUCCAGGGCAACACCAGCAGUGAGGGCUGGAUAGUACAAAAGUUCGGAGGCACAAGUGUCGGGAAAUUCCCAGACAGCAUUGCUGAAGGAAUUGUUCGAGCAAGCUUAAGGUCGAAUAAAAUUGCCGUCAUUUGCUCUGCUAGAAGCUCUGGCAAGAAGGUGACCGGUACUACCAGCCGGCUGCUAGAAGUUUAUAAGAAUUUACGUGCUAUAUCAGCAGCGACGAGUAAUGAAGUCACCCAGCAUGAGCUCGUCGAAAAAGCCAAGCUUGUUAUACGAGACAUCUGCGUCGACCAUGUCGCAGCAGCGCAGAAGUGGAUAAAGAAUCCCGACCUGCAAAAAUCUGUAUCGUCCAGCAUAGAAGAGGACUGCCAGGAAUUAAUAGACUAUAUCAUUGCGGCUAAGCGAUUCAACUUGGAAGUCAACGCGAGAUCCAAGGAUCGAGUAGUCAGCUUCGGAGAGAAGUUGAGUUGCAGAUUUAUGACCUACUUGUUGAGAGAUAGGCAUGUCGACGCAGAGUACGUGGACCUGUCUGAUGUUAUGCAUUAUGACAGUUCCGACCGAUUAAGUCCAGCGUUUUACAAAGACGCAGCAGCUAUUUUCCGGAAGAGGAUACAAGCCUGCAAUGACAGAGUGCCUGUAGUCACGGGUUUCUUCGGCAAUGUCCCUGGAAGCUUAAUGGAUGGAGAUAUUGGACGAGGAUAUACCGACUUAUGUGCCGCUCUAGUCGCGGUGGGAGUGAAGGCCCAAGAGUUGCAGAUAUGGAAGGAGGUGGACGGCAUAUUCACGGCAGAUCCCACCAAAGUGCCAACAGCAAGGCUACUCGCGUCUAUUACCCCGUCAGAGGCAGCAGAACUCACAUUCUACGGUUCUGAAGUCAUUCACCACCUAACGAUGGAUCAAGUAAUCAAAGCGGAUCCGCCGAUACCAAUUCGCAUUAAGAAUGUGAACAAUCCUCGUGGAAAUGGUACCGUCGUGGUCCCAGAUCCAGUCCAGUCUCCAGCACAGAAGAUCAGGAGAUCCCGGCCUUCGGACUCCUCGUUACGGAAACAUCCUCGGAGACCUACUGCAGUCUCUAUCAAGAGCAACAUUACUGUCAUCAACGUACACUCGAACAAACGUUCCAUUUCUCACGGUUUCUUCGCCAAAGUGUUUUCAAUCCUCAACAGCCAUAGAAUAUCCGUGGACCUUAUCUCUACAAGCGAGGUUCACGUGUCAAUGGCCAUCCAUUCAUCGAGUCCGUCCGUCCGCCAUUUCGAAAAAGCCAUGGCAGAGCUAGAAGAAUGCGGAGAUGUAAGUAUAUUACUCGACAUGGCCAUUCUAAGUCUAGUCGGUGCAGAGAUGAAGAAUAUGACGGGUAUUGCUGGCCGCAUGUUCUCGACGCUGGGAGAACAUAACAUCAAUAUCGAGAUGAUAUCACAAGGCGCAAGUGAGAUCAAUAUCUCGUGUGUUAUCGACGCAAGGGAGGCUACGAGGGCUAUGAGUAUAUUACAUACAAACUUAUUCACAUUCCUCGAUUAGUAGCAAGGUAUACUUGCAUUUAACAUGAUAUACAUGUUUCGUGUUUGUGAAAUAGGUUACUAUAAAACGGUGGUUAGUCAGUAUGCAGUUGUUGAAAAAGGGGCUUUGGCAUCAACACGCCCCGAUACCUAGAGCUAAAGCUACCUAUGCUUGGCUACCUAUAAAAGCUUGAUAGAUAUAGAGGCGUUGAUCUACUUAAAGCGUGUUUAAAUAGAUGAGGCGAUUUGAUUUUAAAUUCGUGAUCAAUGAUGUUCUUGUCCAACUAUGCCUAGAGUAAUGAUGGUUAUUUUCAGUAUUUGCCUAGCUGGGUAAGUUUGAGGUUAAAUCUGGGCGUUGAUUCG